GCGAACGAGGCGCCCUUGGCAUCCGACCUCCGCGCUCUGGCGUCCAAGGGUUCACCCCUGGUGGCCUGCAGACCUUGCAAGGAGAAGCGGGGCCCGUUUGGCUUGGAGAAGGCGGAAUGGCGCCGGCGCCUGUCUUACAGCGGGAACCAGGGCCUGUUGGGCCAGAAGGAAGUGGAGCGGCAUUCCCUGCCCGUCCCUUCACCGGCGAACGAGGCGCUCCUUGCAUCCGACGUCCAUGUCCUGUCGUCCUUGCGGGCAACCCUGGUGGUCAUCGGAUCCUUCGGCGGUGCUGCAGACCCCCCCAUCCUCGCGCAGGCGAUCGAGGCACCCUUGGUUCCCGCAGUCCGUGCCCCGACGCCCGCGCGGGCAACCCUGGUGGCCAGCAGACCUCGCAGGGAGAGGCAGGGCCCGUCUGGCCAGAGGGAGACGGAG